AUGUCCGAAUACUCGUUCUCCUACGAUGGCUAUCGCAAGUUCGUCGCCAACCAAGCACGCAUCGCGCGUUGGGCGGAGGAGACAGCGAGGGCAGUGGGUGGCGAGUAUGGUGUCCGGCCUGUACAUCAAGGAGAUAACUCGAUUACGACGGAGGACAGUAGCACGGCGGAUACUUCGAGCUCGACGACUCUCGAUGACAUGCGAGGGUCGCCCGAAACCCGAACGAGGCAUCAUACGCACACACGAAUACGAGGCGGAAGUCUCUUACCACCCUCGGGACUAGCGCGCUCCCGCUCCACCGCCGCGGCCCACCAACCGUCGCGCCCAACGGCCGCGUCGAGGCGCUCGUCGUCGAUGAUGCCGGGUGUGGGAGGUGAGAUGGGAUACGGAGCGCGUAGAGCGACGUAUGGGAGUCAUGCGAUUAGAGGAGUCACGGCUGGGAAUGAAGGCAUAGACCCGUACCCCUUUCAGGUCGAGCCCGCUGAACGUGGUUUUCACGUCGAGACCGAGUCCGCGAGGCGCACGAGAGAGCGCGGACGGUCGCAGACCAGGCGGACGUACGCCUCGUCGCCGAACUCACGGACAUUGGUGCCGUCGUUCAGUCGGAAGGCGUCGCCACAUACGGAGCGUAGGGCACCUUCGGCGAGGGACCGGUCCAUGCGCGACGCAAGAGAAUCCUCAAGGAGAACAUCCGCCCGCACCAGACGAGACUCCGCUAUCGUCCCCCCGCCGCCCUCAAGCCACGCGCCGGGCGCUGAGCCGCCAAUGCCGUAUCAUGCCCCAGGGAUGGGACCGACGUCAAAUCAUCAUACCCCGCCCAACCGCCUGCCGCCCAAUUACGCACCGGUUUACGCUCCCUCGCCGACAAAUCAUGCACACCCGCCACCCGACGACCGCGACCUCCCCACACCUAUCAGCCUCGACAUCGUCGACUUCGAGCCCGUGGCGCCGUCCUCGCCGCAGCCAGGUGCUGCAGAACAGCCAUCAGUGCCGACUUAUGGACCUGAAAUUAUCACACCCGCACCGCCGGUCACUUUGGGACCCGCGGGUACGCUCGCGCCACCACCUGCGCUCGAUGCGGCACCUAUCGUAGCGCGUCCGGCGCCUGCGCCACCGCCAAGGGCCUCUGAGUGUCUGGCAUGGGGCGGGAUGGAGGCGAGGCCGCCGUCCUCCCUUCUCGUACUCCUCACACUGUGUAAGUAA